GUGCAUUCAGAAUAAUCAAAUUAGGAUUGGUCCUUUCAAUUAAGGCGCUCAGUGUUGCUAUAAUAAUUUUACUUGUUUUCAUGAAAUGGCCACAACAGUUUUCACACAAGAUGCCAAAACAGUGAACCGGGUUCGAGAGCCAGGUACCUACACCUUCACUGAAGCAUUGGCUCUAACAAAUUUUGGCAAAUUCAACUAUGUUUUGAUUUUCAUCUCCGGCUUGGUGACGGGCACACUGGUGCUGGAGACCACAUCAAUAGGCUUUGUGCUGCCCAUCGCUCAAUGCGAAUUGCAACUGACCAAUCGCGACAAGGGUAUACUCAGCGCCAUCAAUUUUGUGGGUAUAAUCGCUAGUUCACAUUUGUGGGGAUUUUUUGCUGAUACCAAGGGACGUCGACAGGUUUUAUGGUCCACUUUGCUGGCAGCUUUUGUGUCCACUGUUUUCUCCAGUUUUGCGCACAAUUUUUGGACGAUGGUUUUACUGCGUUUCAUCAAUGGAUUUUUUGUGUCCAGCACUGCUAUCAUUUACGCUUACCUCGGCGAAUUCCAUGCACCAAAAACACGUUUCCGCGCAAUUAUGUGCUCAGCAGUCAUAUUUUCCGUUGUUGCGAUGCUUCUGCCGAUGAUCGCUUACUUGGUGAUAAAUCAAGAUUGGGUUUUGCCUUUAACAUUUCUACGCAUAAACUAUAGACCAUGGCGGGUCUUUUUAAUCGUAUGUGGUGUUCCCGGAUUACUUUGCAGUAUUAUAAUUUAUAUUUUGCCCGAAAGUCCAAAGUUUUUACUGACGGUCGGUGAGGAGACCAAGGCCAUACAGGUGUUGCAAAAAAUGCACCGCUGGAAUAAUGGAAAGGAAACACUUAGAAUUACACAUAUUCUCCCAGAUGAUGACACCUCGUUCAUAACACCGAAAUUGAACAACUGCGAUUCGAAUUCGAAUUUCGCACUCGUAUUUUUGCAAACGAUGUGGAGUCAAACUGCGCCACUAUUCCAACGGAAAUAUUUUCAAAUUACGGUAAUCAUUUGUAAUAUUCAAUUUUGGGCAUUAGUCGCCGCCAAUGGCCUGUAUAUGUGGUUCCCACAAACAAUCAAUGGUGUGGUGGCAUUCAUACAGGAACACCCAGGCGAGCACAAACUAAUUUGUGAAAUUGUCUAUGACCAGCAAGAAACGUUAUACAAAACUGAUGGAACGAUUGAGUGUGUGAAUAAGCUGGAGACCCCCACAUUUUAUUACUCGCUUAUUAUGGAAAUACUUUACGCCAGCUCAUUCGCAUUAGUGGGUUUUAUCAUAAAUCGUGUCGGAAAAAUAUUGAUUCUUUUUAUUACCAUAAUAUUAUUCACAUCCUGCGGUUUAGCUUCUGUCUUCAUCGUCAAUCCAGUUAUUGCCGCCUACCUGUAUGUGCUCUUUUUCGUGGUGGGCGUGGCAAUCAUUGUGCUGAAUGCUAUUACAGUAGAUCUAUAUCCAACACACUUGCGCGCCAUGGCUGCAUGCAUAUCACUUAUGGUGGGUCGUGUUGGAAGUAUAGCCGGGGCCAACGUUGCUGGAGCUUUGAUGGGUCAGCACUGCGAAUGGAAUUUCUAUAUCUGCUGUGGAGCUCUGUUCAUUUGCGCUUUUCUUGCUUUACUGCUGCCACGUAAAAAAGUCCAUGGUGAAUCGUAAACAGCUUGUAAAUUUUAAAAACUUUAGGCAAAGCUCUUGGUGAAAUUAUGGAAAGCACAUCUUAACUUCAAAGCAAAGGCAAAAAACAGUUAUUAUUUAUUUUAUACAAAAUGUAUGAACUUCUUAAAAAAUAACUAAUAAAUGUAUAUUAAA